GAUUUUUUAGGCUGAUGGUGCUCAUCAAUAUAAAGUUAGUGACUUCUUUUUACAUCAAAACAGUUGGGGAGACAGGAAAAAGAGAGUGUCUGAAAACAAAAAGAAAAGAAACAAUACAAUGAGGAAGCCUGAGUUCUCCUCCUCCUCCGGCAGUAACAACAACAAUAACAAUAAUAACACGAACGUGAAACUAAGAAAAGGGUUGUGGUCACCGGAGGAAGAUGAGAAGCUCAUGCAUUAUAUGCUAACAAAUGGACAAGGGUGUUGGAGUGAUGUAGCAAGAAAUGCUGGUUUACAAAGAUGUGGAAAGAGUUGCAGGCUAAGAUGGAUUAAUUAUUUGAGGCCAGAUCUUAAGAGAGGUGCAUUUUCACCUCAAGAAGAAGAGCAUAUUAUACAUUUGCAUUCCCUUCUUGGUAACAGGUGGUCUCAAAUAGCUGCACGUUUGCCUGGGCGUACUGAUAAUGAAAUCAAGAAUUUUUGGAAUUCGACCUUGAAAAAGAGGUUAAAGAACUCAUCCUCUUCCUCUACACCAUCACCAAAUGCAAGUGAUUCAUCCUCAGAUCAGCCUUGCAAAGACCUCAACAUGGGAGUCACUCAACAAGGAUUCAUGUCAAUGCAAAAGCAUAACCUAAUGUCCAUGUACAUGGACUCAACCUCGUGUUCCUCCUCGUCCAUGGCCCUAAACACCAUUAUUGAUCCUUUGCCCACGCUCGAGCACACGCUAAUUAGUGGAUUCAACGCGCCCUCAUACUUGAGUACUACACAACCAGGCAUGGCACAAGGAGGGAAUAUUGUGAGUACUAAUGGUGGAAGUCUUUUCUAUGGAAAUAAUCAUGGGAUAUUUGGAGGAAAUAUUAAUAUGGAAGGUCAUGAGCUCUAUGUUCCCCCAUUGGAGAGUCUCAGUAUUGAGUAUCAAAAUGUUGAAAACGGGAAUUUUGUUCAAAGGAACAGUCAUCAUCAGAACAACAAUAACCCUAACAACAUGACCAACUUGAAUACUAGCCAUAAUUUCAAUAGUAGUAGUAAUAUCAAAGUAGAAAAUUUUGGAGGGAUAGGGAAUUAUUGGGAAGGAGAUGAUCUAAAAGUGGGAGAGUGGGACUUGGAGGAAUUGAUGAAGGAUGUUUCAGCUUUCCCUUUUCUUGAUUUCCAAGUUGAAUAACCCUAAAACAACCUUUAAUUUUCCUAUGGAGAUCUAGACCUUUUAUUCUUUCAAUAUUAGACCACAUAAUUUCCAUCCUAUAUAGUUCAUAUAAAGCCUCUUCUAUUGAGAUAAAUUUGGACAGGAAAUAGAUAAUGAGAGGGUAAAGAAUCUCAUGAGAAUAAGUGUCAUUUCCUGGUAGAUAUAUACUUUUAUGGCCUGCCAUGCAACUUUUUGUAUAGGAUAUUUUACCUUGUAUUUUAAAUGAUGUAAUUAGGAAAGGGGUAAUUUGGUCAUUUCGACUUCAUUUAAGUGUUUGUAAUAAUCACCAUAUUCUCUUGCAGAUAUAUGUAUAGUCACAUGUGAUAAUGUAGAGAUUAGUGAUCAUUGUCUAUUAGUCUUUGUAUACAAAACCAUUUAAAAUGUGA